AUGGCUUUUGCAGCACGCCUCUGGCUUCAAGCCUUGCUCCUCGUCGCAGUGGCCAUCAUAGCCCGGUCACUUGUCACCCUACACCGCAAACGCCUCACGGCACGUCCGACAAGCAGCUCGUCAAGCCGAGGUUCCACAGUCAACCAGACAAGCGAGAAGAGCCAUCCCUUGGCGCCCGAAUCACAGACCACGGCCAACGGCCCAGAUGGGGCGGCCGCGCCCGACAAGACCCAUCUGUACAAGGAGUUGUACUACAAGCUGCAGAAUCUCGAAAAGUACCCUGACAUCCUCCCAAGGGCCCGGCAGGCGCUCAUUGCACUCUUACACGAAGCCCUGUUGAUCGAGCAGUCGAGGCCCAAAGACCGCAGCAUCCUCGACAUCCAGUCCUACGACCGCGCCGCCCUCCACGGAUUCCUCUUCGCCGAGCACACCGGCGUUCUGGACCAGUGGGAGCAGUACAGCCUGCGCAGGGCCGCCGGCCAGGGCCCCGAGCUGUUCCGGGACCGCGAUGCGGCCGAGAAGUGGCUCAAGCAGGCCGCGCCCACAAAGUACGUCGACGGCGCCUGGCUGGGCCACGUGCACAAGAUCACGACGCCCUUUGCUCUCCGGCCCGUGACGCGGGACGCCUGGCAGGUCCUGUCGGAGGAGCUCGGGGACGGAGACCUGGAGAAGAAUCACGUCCACCUGUAUCGCAGCCUCCUGGAGAGCAUCGGACUCCGUCUGCCCGACGCUUGCAGCGCAGAGUUUGUCGAUCCCGACCUCGACAUGGGCGACGAGCAGACCUGGAAGUCCGCCACGGCGCAGCUGCUCAUCUCCCUCUUCCCCAACGAGUUCCUGCCGGAGAUGCUGGGGUUCAACAUGCACUAUGAGCUGUUGACCCUCGAGACGCUGAUGGCCUCCAAGGAGCUGCCCGAGCUGGGCAUAUCCGGCUACUACUUCCUCCUGCACGUCUCCAUCGACAACGCCGACUCGGGCCACACGGCCAUGGCCCUGGCCACCGUGACCAAGUACCUCGACCUGGUCCAGCAGACGGGCUUGCUCGAUCUCCAAGUAGCAUGGCGACGCAUCCAGGCCGGCUACGUCUUGUCCAGGACCGUCGGCGGCCGCGAGACCCUGCCGGCCGGCGGCCUUCGCGACAUUGGCGAGAACGGCCUGCGCAUCGUUGACAUCAUGCGCUUCAAGGCCAACGUCUCGCAGAAGCUGCACUGCGCGAGCCGUGUCAGGAUCGGCAAGCACAAGCUCAUGGACUGGCUGGCCCCGUCGGCCUGGGGCUCCUCCAGCAGCGGCGGCGGCGGCGGAGGCGGAGGAGGGAACCCGCACGACUUCCUCCACGCUCUGGCUAAUGCGACCCCCUGGGUCCGCCGGGGCAACAGCAAGAACAGUCUGCUGGUCCGGGAGCUGUCAUGGAAGGGCAGGAUGUUCGGGGCGUUUACGAACGCCGAGGUCGAGGAGCUGUGUGCGUGGGUUGACUCGCUGGGGAAGGACGACGACGAGGCUUCUGUGUGCGAGAGGUCAUACCGGCGAUUUGUUGACGGAAGCGGCGACGGCGGUAGCAGACAACCGGCACCGUCUCAGACAUCGGCCGGUUUCUUGCCCCAAGACCAUGCGGUUGAUCAUCCGGCGUUCCUUCAACAACGCGCGCCAGAACCCCGGCCUGCCAGAGAGAAAAUCACGACCUCAAGCUUCGCCCCGCGGCCUCCCCUUCGAGCCUCGACGGUCCGGCUCGACGUCUUUCUCCCGCUGUGGUUCGCCCACGCCGGUCUGCUCGAGAACACCGUCAACACACCCUACAGGACGGCGCGGCCCCUCGGCUCGCAGCUUGUGCGCAUCCUCCGUGCCGAGUACGGCUUCAUGCCCGAGACGGACGGCGCGGCGGGGAUGGACGAGUACUCGCGCCCGGGGUACUUCCCGAGCCUCGUCGGCCUCGGUAACGAGAUCAGACGGCGCCAUCAGCUGCCGGAGGCUGCUGGGCUCAAGGAUGUUCUGGGCACUGGAGCACGGGUUGUGCCAGGAGGUGAUGCUGAUGAUGAUGGGGACCUGGACAAUGACACGCAGAGCGCUGUGAGAUUUACGCACCGGAUUCUUGGCUGGGCCGCGCGCCCCAUUGAGAACGAAGGGCUCCUUCUAGGGCUCGGAUGUGCCUUUGUCGACCUGGAGGAGUGGGUGGCUGAGAUGGAUGAGUUCUUCUUCGAGAAGGAAAAGAACGCCCUGCGGCUGAUUGUCGGGAGGAAGAAGGAUUGUUUCAAGGCGAUCGUGGAGCUUAUCAAAGACGAUGAUACGGCUUUUGGGGACUUUGUGCAGGGAUAUGAGCUGGGGAGGGAUGAGAUUGAGAGGUUCUUGGGAGAGAGCGCAUAA